CUUCAGAUGAUCCAGAUUCUUUGGUGAAACCUGAACACUGUCUGACGCUAUGGCUCAACGAAAAUCUCAAUAUUUCUCAAAGAAUCUAAUCAUUGUUCUGUUAGGAAAAAAUGCCCAUUUCAAGAAUUUCAUUGGAAAUAUCAUCCUAGAUAAUGAAGCUUUUUGCACAGUGUCAAAUGACUGUUCCAUGGAGAUGAACAAAGCAUUCAAAAUCAUCAAUACUCCAGACAUUUUUGAUGAAGAAUGUCCUCAUCCAGACCAGCAGAUUAUUGACUGCAUGGCUCUAUCUCAUCCCGGCCCAAAUCUCUUCAUACUGGUCAUGGGUUCAGAAAACACUCAAGAGAACGAAGUGGCAGAAGACAUCAAUAAACUGAAGAGAAUCUUUGGAGAUACCAUCACAACCAAGUUGGUGGUCAUAUUUGAAGACAUGCAAAGCCUCCAAAGAGCUGAACAUUUGCAAGAAGAGGUUAACAUGACGGUCCCCGAUGAUAACCUGAUUAGGAAAUGUUCGCAGUGGUGUUCCACCUCCAGGCCUUACAACUACACCUACAACAAGUACAGUGAAGAAGUUGUGACUUCAAGGAAGCACUUUCUAAGCAAGAGCAGGUGUGAAUCUCCUCCCUAUAACAACUGCACAGCAGUGGCUUUGUGCCAAUAUCCAUCCAUCCAACAGCAGAAUGUCACCAAACCUGCAGAAACGGUGGCAAACGCACCCAAAAACUCCAACGAUGAGGUCGUGCCCCAGCCUUCUACAGUCGGCAGCAACCACACCACAUACCGUGCAUUUACCAUCACGCUGCUGGGACAGUCUGGGACCGGAAAGAGCGCAUCUGCAAACACCAUCCUGAUGGCAGCAAAAUCUCCUCCCACAGCUUUUACUUCAGUGCCAAGCUCGAUGCCCGUCACCAAAGAGUGUGAGAUAAGAGUUAUGAAGAAGCUGUUUGGGUCACAGGUCCGAGUAAUCGACACGCCAGACUUCUUUCACGACAAACUCAAUGUUCCGCAACAAGAGAUCGAGCGACUGAAAGCAUAUUGCUGUCAGAGCGCGUGUGUCUAUUUAGUGGUUCUGCAGCUCGGCCGCUACACGGAAGAUGAGAGGUACAUGGUGCAACGCCUGGAACAAAAACUGGGCUGGAUGAUCCGAGACAAAGCCAUUGUCCUUUUGACACAUGGAGAGGACCUGAAAGGCCAGAGUGUGGAGGAAUACAUCAACCAACAAUCUAACCUGUGUCAGAUGGUCAGGCUGUGCGGAAAUCGCUGCCACGUGUUCAACAACAAGGCCAAAGACAAGAAACAAGUCAUGGAGCUUGUCAAGAAAAUUCCUUAUUAUCCUGAUAUUUUCCCAAAGAUUAAAGACAAAGAUUUCAGCCAAGAAUGUUGCAUAUGUUAAAGUGGCUGCCCAAGAGUUCCAACCAGAGGGGUCUAAUCCCAGCUUCAGUGAGUUAAAGUCCAACCACAUAUUUGUUCCAUCCACCUGCUUAAUCAUCUGAUUCCCAGUUAAUUCAACUAGUUGAGCUAAUCAGUGAAAUCACCUGUUGUAGGCGCACAGGUAGAAACAACACACGGUAGGACUUUUACAUCUGGUUACACCUGACGGCGUGCAAAUGACAAAUCUGCAAAUUCUAUUUAUGCUUCCACCAUAGUCAUGUGGCGAGUUUUUCUGUACAUGAUCCAGCAUGCAGGUGUCUCAGUGUUGAGAAUUGGUGAAGCGCAAGGACACACCCAUGUUUCACCUCUGGCUAAGGACACGCUUCACCUCAGAGCGUCAGUCAGCAUGGGAGGUGACUGACAACCUUCUCUGGAUCCACAGACUGGUAUGAGCUGGGUUCAGGAAAUGUUCAGCAGUCCUUCUGAGAACAACUUGCUUUUCACAACCUUUCAGGCUAGCAACAAAAAUAACCAACCUCUCUGUGGCUUUUCUAAGCUCCUCCCACACCAACCACCUCAGUUGCAGCCCAUCUGGUCUCUGGAUACCUACCUCCUGCAUCAGGAGUCCACCCAGACUUCCCAAGUCGAGAAAGCUUCCUUUUUCAACCACAUUGAAACAUGAGAUAGGUAGAACUUUGAUCUCUAACAUUCUGGCCAUAUGACAUCACAAACAUCUAUAGAUGGGUGGUAUUUGUGUUCUAAAAAAAUCUGUAGAAAGCAAGUGGUGUUUUUACGCUUUGGCAGAGGGUUAGUCUCUUCAUGGAGCUGAGACUACAAGAUUAAAGGUUAAUGGGAUUGUGUUGUUGUUGUUCUUCUUUAUCUUCGUACUGAUAUCGUGUGAUAGAACAUCAAAGUUGCAUGUUCAUUAAAAUCACUUUGUACAAGUCUGAUCAAACCAGGAUGGAAAGGUCUUUUUUUUCUUUGGUUGAACUUGCAAAGAGAACAUGGCCAAACUCGGUCACAGGAAAGAUACUCACUGACUCAUCUUCAACCGCUUACUACAAUUUAAGGUCUACAAUAAAGGGCUGGAGCCUAUCCCAGCAGUCAUAGGAUGUACAGAAAAGAUUUGGAAGUUUCCUUAUUGUGAUCAGUUUAUUUUCUUAUGUCCAACCCUUGAAGAAAUAAAAUGGCUAAAGUUAAACAAUGAAAUGCCGCCACAGGGCACGCGACUGAUUAAAAACAUUAAACCCGCUCUCCCGUUCACGUCGGAACCUGAAAGUUACUGAUUUUGUUGGACAGCCUGGAUUUUUGUUGUCAUGAUGACAGAUGUGGACCGUUUUUGACAAUCUGAAAUCACUGUCAGUUUUCUUCAGCACAGUGCAGCAGAUAACAGAAUAUUUACAGAGGAGUCUUUCAAAUGGUGAAACAAGCACUGAAUUCGGCACAAAUAUUUCUUACUCUUUUCCAAAAAACCGACUGGCCACUUGGAUUUUCAAUAGGCGGGCAGGUAGUGGUUGAAUUGAAGAAUUACACAGGGGUCAAACUUUAAAAAAGCUCCAGUCACAUUGAAAACUGUACCACAUUAUUUGUUUCAUCAUAAAGAUUCCAAAAAGGUGUAGUUUGGACUAUGACUAAAUUCUAUCUGCUCCACUAGCAGGAGGCCGCACUGAUGUGCUAGGAGACAGCACACCGCCACCCAGAGUCUGCUGGAGAAACUGCAGAUGUUCCAAAUCAACGAGUUGGGGAUAAAUUCAAACUGCUUCGAUUUCAGCUUCAUAUGAGACACAAAACAAAAGUUGAAGCAAAUGAUAAUUUUCAUACUUCUAAUCAUCAAAAUCAUUAACACGUCAUGUAGAUAAAAUUCAUAAUGUGUUUCAAUUGAUCAGUUGUUCAGUGUUUCAAUGUGUUUCAGUUGUUCUCAUAUAAAGGUUACAGUUUGGUUUGUUUGUUUAAUUGAUUGAUUGCUGUAUAGCUGUAAAUUGUCUGCACUGUUUUUCCUAAUUCUUGGUAAGAAUAAAUGACUGUCUUUUCA